AUGGAACAAUCCAGAGCGGGUUACGGCCGCAAAGGCAUCAGCAUGGGCAACAUCAUUGGCGACCCCUUCGCUCUCGCGACGGUGUCUAUCGCUGCGCUCGCGUGGGUCAUUUCCUUCAUUGGCUGUAUCAUUGGCCAGGUGAACUCGGAUCCCAACGAUAUCAACAAGGCCUUCCCAACCUUCGCCUGGUGGAGUAUUAUAUACACGCUGUUUCUGAUCAUUGGCACAUUCAUCGUCGUCGCAUCCGACUCGAUUCAGACCUACCAUAUCGCACUUGUCGGUUACAUAGGUGCCGGCCUCGUCCUUAACAGCUCCUCUGUCAACUCGUUGAUAUAUUCCGCCGAAGGUGCCCGUCAAGCCGCUGCAGCUGGAUUCAUAUUACUGUCCAUGGUCGAUAUCGUAUGGAUCUUUUACUUCGGAUCAGCACCAUCCGCUGUACCUAGAGCGUACAUCGACUCGUUUGCGCUUCAAAAGGAAUCUGCUAUGAACCACCAGACGAUGAACACUGGCUACGGUGGCCGCCCCGACACCUCUACAUCCAUGCAGCCUCCCCAGAUGUACACCUCCGCUCAGCUCAACGGCUUCGAGAACCCUUCGCCCGUUGGUGGACUGAACGGCAACACAGCGCGAAAUGCGUCGCCAGCUUUCCAGGCUCCGGUUGCCAAAGCACCGCAGCAACCAAAUGAUCCCGAGAUUGCAGCUCCGACCGAGUACCCGUACCGCGCGAAGGCCAUCUAUAGUUACGAGGCCAACCCCGAAGAUGCAAACGAGAUCUCCUUCUCGAAACACGAGAUUCUUGAAGUCAGCGACGUGAGCGGUAGAUGGUGGCAAGCGCGGAAAGAGAAUGGCGACACAGGUAUUGCUCCCAGCAAUUACCUCAUUCUAUUAUGA